UGGUUGGCUCCGCAAUGGCUGCGCCGCUGCAGAAUGCAAUGAAGUUGGCUAAUGUAGCCAUACAGCUGGACACUCAAAACAGACACAAGGUAACAUGCAAAGGAUGCUUAUUGUGAAUACUUGAAAAGUAUAAAUUAUAUUUCCCAAGCUCUUCUGGAUGAGGCAGUCACUCAAGAUGGCACUGAGAUUGUUACAGCAGAUGCACAAAAGAUGCUUAAGUUGGCCGAGCAAUGUUUGGAAAGAGCCAAGUCAACCGCCACUAAACUUGGCAAAUUAGAAGAAAAGCCUGCCGCCUUGGAACAGCACCGACCUACGUGCAAGCCAGGGCAUCGCAGAGUUCUCUCAGAUGGAGGGCAAGCAACAUCCCCUUUCCUUCCUCCAGAAAUCUUUGAGAAGAUGCAGAUUGCUGACACACAAAACACAAAAAAGGAGCUUACACCAAUGGAAGAGGCAUCUAGACUUAAUCAGAAGCUCAAGGCUACGUAUGAAGCAAGACUGGCCCGUCUGAACCCCAGUCAGGCUAUGCAGAAAACGUCCCUGACCCUGUCUCUACAGCGCCAGAUGAUGGAGAAUCUAAUUAUUGCAAAGGCAAGACAAGAUGCUCUUCAAAGGAAGGUGGAGGAAAGACGUCUCCGGCUACAGGAAGAAGCUAACAGGAGAUUUUCUAGUUCAGCAUGUUUGACUUCAGAAGAACAAGAACAAAGAAUUUUUUACACCAGCAUACUUGAAUAUGAUCAAGAUCAUGAUUGGCCCAGGAAUUGGAAGUCAAAAUUAAAGAAAAAUCCUGAUGAUCUUUCACUUGUUGUUGGUCUUUUGUCAUGCAUUCUAAGCUGCCCUGAACAUCCUGUCAUGAAGCUUUUGAAGAAACUGCAGUACCGUAUUUACAACAAGCUAUACAGUAUUGUUAGCCGAGCUAACUGUAGUCACAACUUGGUCCAGAAAUCUCCUGCACAUGUAGCUUCUAUCGGCAAGCAGCACAGCAUGAAGGCUUCACAUAGUAUACACUGCAUGCAGUCCCUACAGGAGAACAACCAAAUGAACAAUGAAAAAAUGAAGCACAGUGUUUCUGUGACAUCUCUACCCCUAAUUGAAGACUACAAUGCCAACACAGACUCUCGAGUUCAACAGCAGACACAACAUAUGAAUAACCAAGAAACCUCCACAUUAAGUGCUGUUGACAAAGAUGGCUCCUUUGAAGAUCUGGAACAGUUUUUACCGCAAUUUCAAGGCCAGCCAGAAAGUCUUCCUAAUCUGUCUUCACAGAUACCGGGAGAGUUUCUAGUUCUGUCUUUGGAGAAUGAUAACCUUCCCCAGCAACUGAAAGACAUUGUCAAAGAUAUUCAUAACUCUAUAGAUCGACUUCUGUCAUUAUGCAUUCUGUCGUUUGAAACUUUGAACAAUGCUGCUGCUAAAGAUCAGUGUUUAGCAAUAUUGGAAGAGGCUUUCUUCACCCCUAUUUGGACACUUUUACUUGCCUUGUUUAGAAAAGUUUACAUUAAUCGUGAACUUGCCUUUGAAAGAAGUAUGGCAUUGUACAAAAAUAUGAAGCCCUGUGACAUUGGUGUUAAGUCUAAACUUUUUCCGUCUGAGUCUUCACCACCUUCUGGCUGCUACCCUUAUGAGGCAGCAGUGAUAGAGCUGAAGCAAAUAUCAAAAUUCUGCUGUCCUCAAAAGAAACUUGAAUGUAUUGUGAAAGCUCUACGUUUAAUCUGUGAAUGUGCUGAAGAGUACCGCAAUUCAAACGAACCGUCUACCUCACACACUUCUGCAGCAAUUGGUGCAGAUGACCUGCUUCCAAUUUUGUCAUAUGUUGCCUUGAAGAGUAACUUUCCACAACUGGUGUCGGAAUGUGCAGCACUGGAGGAGUUCAUCCAUGAAGGGUAUCUAAUUGGAGAAGAAGGUUAUUGCCUUACAUCUAUGCAAAGUGCAAUUGCUUUUGUGGAAUCCUUACAUAAGGGAGGUGCACCAAACCGUAAAUCCGCCACCUGCUGCGAUGUUGGGGUUGGAUGUCGGUCUUUAAGGUUUUUCAGGCAGCUGCGCAGAAGGUGACUGCGCAUUCGGCUUCAGACGUGCACAGAAGGCGACUGCGCAGAAGGCUUCGGA